AUGAUAUAUUUGAAGACUAUCCUUAAGGUUAUAGAUAACUCCGGUGCACAGCUUGCAGAGUGCAUCAAGGUAUUGGGUAAAGGCUCCCCAAAGUCUGCAGGCAAAGUCGGUGACAAGAUUGUAUGUGUCGUUCAGAAGGCUAAGCCUAUGAACCAGUCUAUUACUGGUCAGUCCAACAAUAACCGUGUGAAGAAGGGUGACAUAGUAAGGGCGGUUAUUGUGCGCACGAAGCAGAAGAAUAUGAUGCGCCCGGACGGCUCUACUGUGUCCUUCGGUGACAAUGCGUGUGUGCUGCUCCACAAAACUACGGGCGAGCCGCUCGGGACAAGAAUCCAGCUGAAUGACGGUGUUGUUAGUCGCGAGCUGGAAGCCAAGGGCUACAAUAAGAUCUGCUCUCUCGCAAGCAAGGUAGCAUGA